UUUAUCGCUACUUGGAACUGGAGAGCCUGAAGUCUACAGACAAUUCUUUUUGGAUGCCAUGGACCUUGUUCGAGAUGUUUUGUACAUUUCAUCAACCUCAGAUAGCGUUUUGCUGAAGUGUUUCAGCGAGUCAUUUUCUUUGAUAUUAGAGUGCCCUGUGACGUUUAGUGAGCUUCCGGUUUGUUGCCAACCUCUGGAUGGCCCGGGUGUACUGGUUGGUCUCACUGAUAAAACUAGAUGGCAACCAUUUGUUGCAUGGACAAUCAGACUCAUUAACAAGUGUAUGAUGGAAGGGACUCUCCAUGUGGAAGAGCUUAUUAAUGUUUCUUUUGCUUAUUCAGUCUGUUCUUCUUUACUGUGCUAUCGGGAUGCAACUCUGAAUAUGGCUUGUUUUGACUUUGCACGAAUAACAACUGAGGUGAUCGAUGCAGAUAUAAUACCCGUUGAAAAUGUUAUUCGUUCAAUAGCAUGCAUACUGUGUCUUGAUGAAAGUAAGUCUGUGGCAUUCAGAAACACAAUAUAUGAUUCUUGUAUGGGUGCUUGCCUCCAUCUACUACAUUCUUCUUGUUCGGAUAAGAUUAUUGAAUCCACAGCUAAUGAGAUUAUUAGUGCUUUCCCUAGAUCCAUAUGUAGCACAGAGAGCCGUGAACUUCAGUUGGCUAUGUGUAGUGCCUAUACAAGAAUUGCUAAAAGCUGCCAUCCGCAAAUUUGGGAACCUAGACUUCUUGUUAGGAUGCUAUGUUCAGAAAGACCUUGUUUACCCUUGAUUCAAUGCAUCCGAGCAGCAAUCACUAUACUAACUCCCAGUUAUGUUCUAGAAGGUGAAGUUGAUACUAGCACAUCUGUUGCUAAUUUAAAGUCAUCUGUGUUGCCGCAAAUCAGUAGCAAAAGGUCAAUGGAAAUCAACUCUACUGUUGAGUGCAAGCGUCAAAAGACUUCAGAUUUUCUUGUGGAUAUUGAGGAGAAGAAAAAGUUUGCAAAUGAACUGAAGAGAUCAAUUUGUUUGUUUCUUGAAUCUGCAAAACCUGCAAGUUUGAAAGCCUCUACACUAAAACCAGAAACAAAUAUAACAGCUCUUAGCCUCCUCUGCCUUUCCUUUUCAGCUCACCCACAUUCCAGUUUAUCCUCUACCAUUUUCCAUCAAAUUUUUUCUUGGAUUCCUUGGAUAUGCAAGCAGUUUGCUGCACAGGCAAAGGAUUCAAGCUUACUAGUAUCUGCUUUGCCAACCUAUUUACAAGCUGUUCACAACAUAUUGUGUCUUCAAGAUCUCGAGUCACGAGAAAAGUUGUUCCAAGACGAUGAAUUCUUGACUGAUGUUGAAAGAAGCAGCUGUAUAUACCCAAAAUAUGCAGAUCUUCUAGAGUUGUUGAAAUUGCCUUGGACUUGUAAUUCUAUUAUUCAGCAAGCUUGUGAAAAGUUCUGGACUUGGCUAUUCAUGAUGAAGAUGAAGAAGUUUGUAUUGAAGCUGUCACAUCAAUGCCAGUCAUUGUAUUAUGCUCUGGUCAGAUAUUUUUUGAGAAAAUUCUCAGAAAACUUGAGUGAAGCAACUGACAGGCCUAAAAAGAAACAGAAGGCUUCCAUCAUUCCGGUUGUUGAAGUGGAGCCCCCGGGCUGUUCAUUUUAUCCUUCAUUUGAGGCUUGUCAAGAUUCAUUUGCUCUAGUUGUUGCUAGUGGGAUGCAGAAAAUUUACAAAAAAGAAUUGGGUCCUCAGCCUCUACUAGAAACAAUUCCCGGUGAAGCAAUUGCAAAUGAAGAUGACGGGGCCCUCUCUUGGACAGCCGCCUUCCCCGACGAGGUGUGGGAGCACACUUUCUCUUUCCUACCGACCAAUGUUGAUCGCCAUGCUGUUGCCCUGGUUUGUCGCUCAUGGUACCAGAUAGAACGGUUGUCGAGGCGGAAGAUCUUCGUGGGGAACUGUUAUGCGGUGGCGCCAGUCGCGGCGGUGCGGCGAUUCCCGGAGGUUAGGGUGGCGACCAUCAAGGGGAAGCCAAGUUUCGUAGAGUUAUUGUACACCGAUUGGGGUGGUGGGGCAGAGAUGUGGAUCCAGUCAAUGGCUAAUGGUUGGCCGCUUCUCGAGGAGCUUCGGCUCAAGCGAAUGGUGGUCUCUGAUGAUUGUCUCAAGCUUAUUGCCCGGUCCUUUAAGAACUUUAGGGUUCUGUCUCUAGCCUUCUGCGAAGGGUUUAGUGCUGCCGGGCUGGCCGCCAUUGCGGCCAACUGCAGGAAUCUGGAGGCACUUGAUCUGCAUCAAUAUAAAGUGAAGAAGAAUUGUAUAAACUGGAUAUCUCAUUUUCCAGAAUCCUUUACUUCCCUGGUUACUCUCAACAUUGCAUGCCUGGAUGGUGAGAUGAAUGUAUCUACUCUUGAACGCCUCGUUAGCAGAUGUCCCUAUCUCAAGACUCUCAGACUCAAUCAUGUCACUCCUCUAGAAAAACUUGUUGGCCUUCUACACAGGGCUCCACAGCUGGUAGACCUUGGAAUUGGCAUUCUCAUCGGAGAAGGUUAUCCUGGAUUUUUCUCCAAGCUUGAAUCUGCUUUUGCUCACUUAAAACAUUUGAAGAACCUAUUUUGGAAAGCUGGACCAUUAUACUUGCCAGCAAUAUAUCCAAUUUGUGAAGGUCUUACAACACUGCAUCUCUUUGAGUCUAGCAUAAAAGCACCAGAGCUUGCAAAAGUAGUUUGCCAGUGUAAAAAUCUUCAACAGCUAUGGAUUAGGGACUUAAUUGAGGACGAUGGGCUUAUUGCUGUGGCAUCAUCCUGCAAACUCCUCCGAAAAUUGCAAAUAGUUCGUUCUGAUCUACCUUACUGUCCUCUCACAGAAAUUGGCCUUAUUGCUGUCUCUUCUGGUUGUGUAAUGCUCGAGUCUGUUCUCUAUUUUUGCCGGCAGAUGACUAAUUCUGCCCUCCUUACUAUUGCUAAUAAUUGCCCCAAUCUCACGUGCUUCCGGCUCUGCAUCACCAAACCUUACACCCCCGAUUAUAUUACUCAAGAACCUCUAGAUGCUGGCUUUGGGGCUAUUGUUGAAUCCUGCAAAGACCUCCGACGUCUCUCCAUAUCUGGUCUUCUUACUGAUCGUGUGUUCAUAACUAUUGGGGCCUCAGCAAAUCGUCUUGAGUGGCUCUCAGUUUGUUGUGCUGGUGAUGGGGAUGCAGGUCUUCAUUACAUUCUAUCUGGUUGUAGGAAAUUACGCAUGCUGGAAAUUAGGAAAUGCCCGUUUGGGAUCAAGGCAUUGUUGGAUAAUGCAGAUAAACUGAAGACAAUGCGAUGCCUUUGGAUGUCGUCAUGCUCUGUGACACUGGGGGAAUGCAGAUUAUUAGCUAAGAAGAUUCCACGGCUUAAUGUGGAGGUUAUUGAUGAGACUGGAGGAGGGCCGGUGCAUUCACGGCGUGAUCAUUUUCCUGUUGAAAAACUCUACAUUUACAAUACUUUUACUGGCCCAAGACUUGAUGCACCACCUUCUGUCUUGACUGUUUGGUGAAAUCAGGUAGAAGGAAGUGAUAUUAUCUUUAUCUUGUUUAUCAAUCCUAAUUGGCUUUCUAGAAGUCAACUCUAUUUUUGAAACGAUGGGAAAGCAGUCAGUUUAUAGUAUCAAGUGCUGCAUUAUUAUGGUUUUAGAUUUCAAUCACUAAGUUAUCCAGAGUUCUUUACUUGUGAUUGUCACUUAUCAAUGAGUUGUAGGACUAUAUGACUUAUGACAUUUACUCAUCAUAUUGAGCAUUUCUCAUCUA